AUGUCGGAGACCUUGAAUAAUCGCAGAGCUCUCGUGACGUUUCCUAUUGGUCUUCGCAAUGUUCGGCAUGGCAGCCCGAGCGAUAGGACUAUGCCUCCUGCCGUUCCUACACCUAUCUACCGCCAUGCAGCACCAUCAGGCCCUUGGCCAUGGAUGGACUUCGACACUGAUUCUGAUUCAGACCUUACCCUCAACCCUGACAACACACCAGCAUCACCUAGCUCAGCGGGCCAGUCAUGGCACAGAUACCCUGAGGCUCUCUUUGGGAACUGGAAGCCGGAUCAAGUGAAGCGGAGCAAGAUGCUCAGCAACUGUUCGGAGCUCGAUAUGUGCUCGGUUCAUUGGCUGGAUGUUCUAACAGACGGGACUUUUACGGUUUUGGAUGAGGAGGGGCGAGACCAAACAACUAGAAUAACACCUGAACGUUUAAAUGAGUUUUGGGAGCUGUUGCAGACGCCUCGGCCUGCAAACAUCCGUGUGCGUGCAUUGUUCGUGGAUAAUCUGUCCAUGUCUGUGCUGCAGAUGCUUGGAACGAAGUAUAAUAUUGAACCAUUUUUCUUUUCUUCAUCCCUGAAUUGGAUACCCUCGCAUUACCAAGAGGAGGUUCGGCGGGGCAAGGGUGAUCAUAUUACGAUUACACUCCCAUUCAUGCGGGCGAUGCAAAAUCCAGUCACUCGGCCAUCAACACCAAUACCCGGAACACCAGGGUUGUUUUCGUUCUUUCUGCAAUUACUCCCAGCUAAAGUAUCUCUUCAAGACGAAAAUGAAAUCAUUGAUACCCAAGCAGCACUCUCUCUCAGCUGUGGUAAUAUCAUUCUCCUCGAUCUCCUCGCGAUACAUAUGGUACGCUCAGAGGAUUCGAGCACGAUCAUAUCGUAUCAUCCAAGUUCUAGUUUUCGCCGUCCUUCCCCAAAGAAGCUACACUCCCUUGUCUACCGUGCGGGACAGAGUGUAUAUUGGCAAAAAAUCUUCGCCCAAUCCAGGGACCCGACAUUUUUGUUCCUAGCCAUCUUGUGGUAUGCUCUCUAUGCAUGGGACCAGGCAUUGGAGUCGCUAUACACUCAUAUCAAUUGGCUGGAAUCCCAAGUGCUAUUAACUAAUAACAUUGAUCUGACUCGUAAACUUCACAUCAUACAAGCACACCUAUUACACUACCAGUCUCUUCUCCAAGACUUCCAGAAGUCCGUCGAGUUCCUCCACAAGACACCGAAUCCUGCUUUGUACUCCGAUAAGUAUAGUCCUAGUGAACGUGACGACACCAUGGAGCUCAUGGCAAAGGAGUGUGCGAAUCUACUUUCAGAGAUCGGGAGAUUGGAGAACAGGCGAUUGAUGCUGAGCAGUAGGGUGAAGAACGUAACGGAUCUGGCGUUUGCGCUUGUCAAUAUAGAUGACAGUAAGCAAAUGAAGGCCCUGACGGAAGCCACCGUCCGAGAUUCAGGUGCGAUGAAGCAGAUCUCCUACCUCACGAUGAUAUUCCUUCCUGCUUCCUUCACUGCGGCCGUGUUUGGGAUGAAUGUGGAUGAAAUCUCCGGGACGAAAGGACAAGAGACGCUCGUUCACUACGUGGCGGUGGCAUUAAGUCUUACAUGCGCCACUUCGUGGCUCAUGAUAGCCUUCCAUUCGUCUAGCCCCUUUGUUGCCGAGGACAGCACUCUGGUGCAGCGCGCCGUGUGGCCAGUGUUUUAUCUCAUCAAAAAGUUCAAUGACAAAUGGAGAGAGAAAUCGCUACCGAGGUUUCAGAAUGUUAUUUGA